AUGGGUUGUCAACAGUCAGCGUGCCAAAUAAAGCCAGGCGAUGUCUAUGACGAGAAGUCCAUUGGUGCUCUUCCCCAAUCCAGCCCACUAGAAGUGGAAAUCGAGUCCGAGAAAAGUAAAAGUGAGGCGUUGAACAUCAAAAGACCUGAGAGGUUCGAGAUCCCGGCCGGAAGAAAACUCUUCCGUCCGGCAACUUCUGAUUCUGCGUAUUCGGAGACCAGUGUGGACUCCGGAAUGGGGUGAGUUGGAUUGGACUUCAUGAACUUGUAGUUUCAGGAGCGCAGAUACGAGUCUUCUUUUCAAGCCAUUACCAACCAGCAAUGAAGAGUUCUCUAUUGACACAUCCCUUGCCAAAAGUAAUACUCAGGUGGUAUCCAUGUGUGCCAAAAAAUUGAACAUAAAAGAAGUAAGAUUUUUCAUAAUCAAAAACACCUUCAUUUUACAGUAUCCGGAAGGAAGGCCUGACGGAAAACCUUGUUCGAUGUAUUGGCACAGUCAAGUCCACAAUGAUAUGAAAAGUUUUAUUAAGAGUUCAGACUCCAAAGUAAACAAAUUCCCAGGUAGGAAGAUAUUGUUAUCAUUAAUGACUAAUAACGCUAAUUUCAAUUUUCUUCAGGAAUGACAGACUUGGCCAGGAAAAUAGCCCUGACGCAAGCGAUCCGAAGUAUGAGAGAGUUGUUUCCACAAGAAUACAACUUCUAUCCCCAGAGUUGGAUUCUCCCUUCCCAGUAUAACAAUUUCCGAAACUACAGUAGCCGGAAUCCAAAUAAAUGGUUUAUUGUUAAACCAGACGAAGGUAUGAAAUUUGUAUGUUGAAACGGCUCUAUUCCUUUCAGUUUUCCUUUGCUGUUUCAAAACCAUUCGCACAAACUAUAACAUUUUCUCUUAGCAUAAGAUUACAAAAAAAACUCUGACUCGCAUAGUAUUGUACAUUUUAGGAGCUCAAGGUAUAGGGAUAUAUUUGAUCAAUCACCCAGAACAACUGCACAGUAUCAAAGAGCGUCUCCUCGUCCAAGAAUACCUAGACGAGCCCUAUCUUUUACCAGAUAAACUCAAAUUUGAUUUCCGAGUUUAUGCAGUAAUCAAGAGUAUAAAUCCCCUUUCCAUUUACGUCGCUCGCGAAGGAAUGGCAAGAUUCUGCACAGAAAAGUAUCAGAAACCAACACAAGGAAACUUUACGCAUCUCUACUCUCAUCUCACAAAUUACUCCUUGAACAAAAGUAACAAUGCUUACAUUCACAGCAGUAAUCUGAAAGAUCAACUUACUGGUAAGUAGUCCGAAUGGUUGUAAUAACACUUACCCAAGGGAGUAAAAGGCUCUUAUCCACCGUCUUUCAUCAGAUGGAAUCCAAUGGUCUUCGAACAAGGAAACUGUGGCAUGAUGUGAAGUUGAUCAUAGUGAAGACCGUGCUGGCCAUGGUCCCCGAGAUUAUGUUGAACUAUGAGCAUUACUUCAGCGAUGUUACAGGACCUCAAUGCUUCCAGGUAUUGCCCCAGAACACUGUAUAACUCCCUCAGAUAACAGUGAAGAAAUAAGAGUCGUUUUUGGAUUUUAAAAAAGCAGCUUGAUUCACAUUAAUUUUUCGUCGAAAGAGACCGAAUAGAUCCACUUUCUCCCAUGGAAGUAGCCUGGACUUCGGUUGAAGGCAAUUUGAAUGUUGAACUACUAGAAAAUGGAUCAAAUGUUCAGCCGAUGGAGGAACAAUUGAUCCCGGAAAGAGUCUCAGCUCAGACUCUUUCCACCUUGGAGAGUGGAUUCAGGAGGGCUCGGCAAAACCUCGUCCCCUGAUUUUUUCUUGAAACAUACACCAUUUAAAAGAGCGUACUUCGGUAGCCAAGUGUGGUGAGGCGCUUCUCGAGGGGAACCUUAAAGUCCUAUAUAAAUCGCUUAAUUUUUCACAGAAAUUCCUACAAAGAGAGAAAUUGCGCAAUGUUAUGUCGGAUUGCGCAGCAACUUUGUACUAGAUUUGCAGGGUUCGGAUGGACUCUUGCGGAGAGAUUUAUGUUAGAAGUCCCUUGUUUUUUUACAUAGGUUUAAACGUUCAAUCUCAUAGGUGACUAAUAUUUAUAUUAAAAGUGAUUAUUCGAUCCCGUUCACCUCUUACAGUUAGAAGCAAACAAUGUUCCAAAAUUCAAUUUGGAAAUUUUAAAAAACGCCCGCUAGCCAGCACGUAAUUGAAUAAUAGCAGCUAAUUCAAGGUGAUUCUGUUUUUUACGCUCUUUCGAAUGGUAUAUGUUUCAAGAUAAAACCAGGGGACAAGGUUUUGCCGAGCCCUUGUCAGACUCUUUCUCCCAAAUAAGUGAGUCAGUACUUUUUUAAAAUCCAAAAAACCACUCUUAUUAACGCUUAGAUUAUGGGAUUUGAUAUUAUUGUGGAUAAGAAUGGUGAUCCUUUACUACUGGAAGUAAACUCAGCUCCUUCAUUGGUCAUUGAUCAUCACUUAUCUGACGAAACAACUCCUGUCAGAUCUAUUGUCGACGAAGUGAGUUGUAACUUACCAUAAAAAACAUCUUGUUAGAUGAUCAAAGUUCCUUUAGUACGGGACACAAUAUUAUUGGUGUUAAACCAACUAAAUGUGACCGAGAAGGAAAGUAAUUUAGAUAAAUUAAACAAUAAUUGUGAAGACGACAUCAAUGUACAAAAGAAGAGAAGGAAGCCCCAUCUUUCCGAGGUCAGUUCUCAAAAAAUCUCCGUGAUUUUACAAGGAAGAUACUUUUAUGGGGUCCAACUUUUAGAGAGACAUAUCUCAAAGAAUCCGACAAAUUGAAAAUUUUAUAUCACGUCUUGGAAACUCAGUAGACGGAAAGGGGUUUAUGUAGAGGUUUAAGUCAACUUGUGAUUGAUUUUUCACACCUAAACGAAAUUGGGCAGAUAAUUUUUACAUAUUCUUAUCAGCAUGAUUUUACGUAUUUUUUGGAGGUACGUCCCGUCUAAAAGUAGGAACCCCCAUAAAAGUAUGACACUUCCAAAUUAAAAUAUAUUUUACAAGGAAAGUACUUUUAUGGGGGCUCCUACUUUUUGACGGGACAUAUCUCAAAAAAUCAGAAAAAAUGCGCUGAACAAGGAUAUAUAAAUCUUAGCUGCCCAUUUUAGGUUUUUAGGGGUGAAAAUGCCCAAAAACUGGCUUAAUUUCCCUACAAAAGGCGCAGGCAUUCGAAACGAUAAAAAGCGCAGUCGGUCUCUUCCUUCGGAAGAGAGCGGUGUGGCCGAGUGGUUAGUGCCGUAGUCUAGGAAUCAAGAGGGGGGACGCCGCACAGGUUCGAUUUCCCUUUUGGGCCGAAUUAACUUUUUUUGAAGUUGAAGGUCGGAAAAAUAAAUUUUUGGGCCAAGACUGUCUUAUUACGUCUUAGAAACUCAAUAAACACCAUUUUAAGCCAAAAUAAAAAUUGUAAACCCGUGAAAAAUUAGGCGAAAAGGGGUUCAUAUAGGACUUUAAGUCAACUUCCGAUUGAGUUUUCACCCCUAAAAACCUAAAAUGGGCAGCUAAGAUUUAUAUAUCCUUGAUCAGCACAUUUUUGCUGAUUUUUUGAGAUAUGUCCCGUCAAAAAGUAGGAGCCCCCAUAAAAGUACUUUCCUUGUUAAUUUUUUCUGUAAAAUCGAUAGUGACGUUAUGUUAUAUUUUAUAAAAUCGGCAAAAUGUCAAAAAAUGAUGGUAAGACUUAGAUUUUCAGAUAUUUCCUGCCAGAUAUGGGUCCAAUAGCAAGCACUUUCUGAUCCUGGACCGAGCAGUUUAUUUAUUUAUGCAAUUCACAAAUAUCAAACAGAAUCUCUCAAUAUCGUUCUUAUCUAUGAGAGCAUUUAUGAAGUAAGUCAAAUUGUAAUUAGCUAUCGAGUAUUCAGAAAGUGCAAUUUAACGGAUGUUGUCGAUAACACCAUUCUGGAGAAACAUUACUGUCAUGUAAAUUACUACUUUACUGGUCGAGAAAAUGAUCUGACCACGGGUCUUCCCUUCCACGGCUUUCUUCAACUCUUAUUUCGGAUCUCACGGAUAAAGUUCAGUUUUUGUGAUACCCAAUUGAAUGCCUUGCAACGUUUCUUUGCCUAUUGUGACUCUGCUUUACGGAAUUAUGGAGUUAGAUCGACCAGACUCAGAAGGACUGAAAUAGAAACAGAUGUGAACGCAAAGUAUGUUAAGAACUGCACUCUAAAAUUACAUUUAGAAACCCAAAUUUAAUUGUGGGGUAAAUAUAAUUGACAGAAAGAAAUAGUCGGAGAAGUAGUAGACUGUAACGUUUACUUAUUCGUUACUAAUUUUAUAUUGAGAAUUCUGGGAAGGCGGGGGAAACCGUGUUAUCAUAGGUGCUUUGUUGUGAUUUCUUUUGUGUUAGGUCGCGGAUGGAAGAGAUUUUUCUGAAGAGGUUUUUUUCUUGUAAUCGAGUAGUCAGGAAAGAUAAUAUUUAUUACUUUCGGGGAAUAUGAAAACCCUGUCAUGCUGACAUCCUUUUAAGAAUUAAUUUUUAGUGGUAUGGUUGAGAUCUACUUGUUGCCAAAUCGAAUGAAAAGGUCGAGAUCGAAGUUGAAUCAGAACCCUCUGAAUAAUAAAAACAAGACGAGAUCGAGGUCAAUGCAACAACGAACGGGUUUUCAUUAG